UUCCAAUUCCCCAUCAGUCUAGUUUUGCGGUCACCUUGGAGAUGACUUGGAACGCACCCUCUUCAGCUGUCGCUGUAUCACUCCAGCUAGUCCACUUUUCAUUUUUCCCGCCUUGCCUCACCGGAACACACUAACCAUCGCUUGCACAUAGCAAAGACACGAUGCCUGGGUGGGUUGAGUUUCUUGGUGGAUAACACCAUACAGAAAUCGAUGUUACGGGCAUAAAUAGCCGUCUUGAGCCGCCCUUGAGAUUCCUCGCCGGAGCUGGUCAUCCUGCGUUCAAAAAUAUCCAAUUCCAGCCAUGAGUACUCAGCUCACGCAAAUCUCAUUCGGUGCCCAGCCACGAGACUACGCGCCGGCGGGCCAAAGGUUCAACCCCGGCGACUAUCACCAACAGGAGGCCGAUCUCCGUGAGGCCUUGCUCAGGCUAUGCCCCGAGAACCUGUGGCAUGAUGGCUCAUAUUCCGCCGGCUGUCCCCGACCCAUCCUGGUGGGUGAAUACCAUCAGAAGCAGAUGGAAGACCUGCACGAGGCUUUGACCACUGCCAUCAUCGACAUCGUCCAGCGCUGGUGGACUGACGACGAUGCCCGGUUCUGGGAGCGGAUGCCCCUGGAAGCAGAGGAGGAAGAUCUAUUGAAGUGGAUAGAGAAGCAGGUCUCAGCUGGCAACAUGCCGGCCUUCUCCAAAUGCUUAGGGUCGUGGCGACCCGACUUCUUAGUGGAGAAGGAUGAACACCAGGAGGAGAACUACCGAAUCACAGAGAUCAACGCCCGCUUCUCCUUCAACGGCUUCAUGCACGAGGCUUACGGUCAAGAAGUGCUCAACAAGUCCGUUGAGGGGGAGGCAAGCGUGCUGGUCGGUGCCACAGAUCCAAAUCAGAUUCUGGAGGGCCUGUUCAGCCUGUUCCAACCGAACCGGCCCCUCCAUCUUCUCAAGGGCGCGGAGCACGGCAUCGACAUCCACAUGUUUAUCGACGCGGUCUGGCGUCGUUUCGGCAUCAAGCCCCGCUUGAUCACACCGGCUGAUCUGAGGAUGCUGCCCGACCACGGCGAGAAGGGCGGACGCCGCCUCUGCUGUGUCACCAAAGACCCCAGCUCGCCCCCCAGCCCUUGGUCCUUCACGGCGGACAAUGGCGAGAUCUGGGAGGAGAUCUACCAGAUCGGUCUGGAGCUGCACCAGCGGGAGCUGGCGGCCCUGGAGACCGAGACACUGCGCGAGAUCAGCCUGCGCUGCUUCAACGACAUGCGCACGAUUCUACUGGUCCACGACAAGCGGAUGCUUGGCAUCGUGAAGCAGGAGUUGCCUCGUCUGGUGGCUUCCGGGGCCCUGACGCCGGCGCAGGCGUCUGCCCUGGACAGGGGCGUCGUGGACACGAUCCUCCCGGGCUCGUGCGAGCUGGACGAUCUCAUUUCGGCGUCGGCUGCGUCGCCCCAGCUGAGACACAGCUACAUUCUGAAGCCCAUCCGCAGCGGGAAGGGAGACGGCAUCAUUUUUGGUGACGACCUUGGGCCGAGUGAUUGGGUGUCGGCCUUGCGCAAGCUCGUGUCGCCAAAGGUGGUGCCAGGGAUCACUUGCGUCGUGCAGAGACGCAUUACCCCGCGGGAGUACGACCUCGUCCUGAAGGGUUCAGUCGGCAAGGUCCGGUAUCCGCUCGUCGGCACGUAUCAUGUUGCAAACGGAAAGCUUCUGGGGCUCGGGACGUGGCGUGCGAGCGGGGGACGGAUCGUUGCCGUUUCCUCUGGGGGUUCUUGGAUCUGCUCGGUGAUGAGGCGGGGUUGAGAGAUCUUACUGCAUGAAUUAGUAACACCUCUUUUUUGCCUGGUUUUGUGUUGGUUCAUGCUGAAUAACGACUCGAACGGGCCCCUUGCAUAUGUUGGUGUGACCGGCCCGCCAUCCACAUCCCGCAUAUACGAGACCCAGCCGCUCUUCCCGUGCGGGUAGAAGGAGCGGGAGAGCCUCUGAUCAGAUCAUCGGAU